CCUGUUAAAUCAAAAUCAAAAUACAAAAUCCUCGCCAGUCCCCCACCCACUACCCACCCGCCGGCAGGUACCGUCCUCCGGCAACCAUGGCAGAUGACGACCAGCGGGUUUUAGAUCUAGUCAAAGAGCUAGUCCACCGUUUACUGUACACCUCCCCGCAGUCUUCCACCUCCUCCGACUCUAACCCUAACCCUAGCCCCUCGGAGCAACAGUACCAGCAAGCAUUCAAGUAUGCGGUUCGCAUCCUCUCGAGUCGCAUGACUCCUACCAUCGCCGUCGACGAGGCCUCCAUGGCUGAGUCCAUCAAGCGACAGUUGGCCACUCAGGGUAAGUCAUCCGAAGCCCUCACUUUCGCUGAUUUAUAUUCCAAAUUUUCGUCCAAAACCGGCCCUGGAAGUGUUAAGAACAAGUGGGCCCUGCUUUAUUUGAUCAAAACCAUCUCCGAAGAUCGUAAGGCCCGAAAAAGCCAGCCCCUCUCUGGGGUGUCAGUUGGGGUUUUCAGCUCCGCUGUGAAUGGGGGAUUACCCGUGUUGUUUGAUGGGCAAUCAAACGGUUAUUCUCGAGUUGGAAAUGGUGCUUCAAAGUCUCUUGGUACAUUGGAUAAUUCUGAAACUUUGAGGGCUUUGGAUGGAAAUUUGGGAUAUUCAACAAAUGUAGGAAAAGUAGAGAAGUUUUCUGUUGAUGGUGCUAUGAGUGACGAGUUCCGGAAUUUAAGGCGUCCGAGCGAUAAUUCAAGGGGUAUGAGAGGCAGAGAGAACACAGAGAAGGGUUGGCAUGGAGGGGUUCUAAUGGUUUCAAAGGAUCCGGAGAAUUUGCGUGAUAUGGCAUAUCGGGAGUUUGCAAACUUGUUGAAAGAGGAGAAUGAGGUGUCCGAGGAGGUUUUGGUGCGGGAUAUAUUGUAUGCUUGUCAAGGGAUAGAUGGGAAGUAUGUGAAGUUUGAUACUAAUGCUGAUGGGUAUGUUCUGCCAGAUUUGGUAAAAGUUCCAAGGACAACCAGGAUUAUGGUUAGGAAGCUCUGUGAGCUCGGGUGGUUGUUUAAGAAAGUUAAUGGGUAUAGUUCAGAGAGUAUGGAUAGGUUCCCUGCAGAGGAUGUAGGCACUGUUGGACAAGCAUUUUGUGCUGUGUUGCAAGAUGAGCUUUCAGAAUAUUUCAAACUGUUGUCAGUGCUUGAAUCUCAAGCAAUGAAUCCCAUGCCUCUGGUUUCAGAAAAUGCAAAUUCAGGGAAUUAUUUGUCACUGAGAAGACUAUCAGUUUGGUUUGCAGAGCCAAUGGUGAAGAUGAGAUUAAUGGCAGUCUUGGUUGAUAGCUGUAAGGUUUUAAAAGGUGGAGCUAUGGCUGGGGCAAUUCAUAUGCAUGCUCAGCAUGGAGAUCCACUUGUAAAGGAUUUCAUGAAAAGAUUACUCCAUCGGGUUUGUUCCCCUCUUUUUGAGAUGGUAAGGACAUGGGUUCUUGAAGGGGAACUUGAAGAUAUAUUUGCAGAGUUUUUCAUUGUUAGUCAACCUGUUAAAGCUGAGUCCCUUUGGAGGGAGGGUUACCGCCUUCAUACUGCGAUGCUUCCUUCCUUUAUCUCUCCGUCUCUUGCUCAACAAAUUUUAAGGACUGGGAAGUCUAUAAAUUUCCUUCGAGUUUGUUGUGAGGAUCGUGGUUGGGCUGAUGCAGCAAUGGAAGCAGCAGCAGCAGCUGGCACCACAACUACUAGAGGUAGUCUCAAGUACGGUGAGACAGAUGCACUUGAAUCUUUGGUCACUGAAGCAGCAAAAAGAAUAGACAAGCAUUUACUGGAUGUUAUUUACAAAAGGUACAAGUUCAAGGAACAUUGCUUUGCAAUUAAGCGAUACUUGCUACUUGGCCAAGGUGAUUUUGUGCAAUAUCUAAUGGAUAUUGUUGGCCCUGAGCUAUCUGAACCUGCCAACACAAUCAGUGCGUUCAAGCUGGCAGGCUUAUUGGAAAGUGCAAUCAGAUCAUCCAAUGCGCAGUAUGAUGAUAGGGAUAUACUGGAUAGACUGAGGGUUAAGAUGAUGCCUCAUAACCCAGGUGACAGAGGGUGGGAUGUAUUUUCGUUGGAAUAUGAUGCUAGAGUUCCUCUAAACACUAUUUUGUCAGAGUCUGUUAUGGCAAGGUAUUUAAGAAUCUUCAAUUUCUUGUGGAGGCUCAAAAGGGUGGAGCAUGCACUUACUGGCGCUUGGAAGACAAUGAAGCCAAACUGCAUCACUUCCCAUUUCUUCUCUAAGCUGCCGCAAGCUGUUAAGUUGCAGUUGCUUUUAACAUCAAGGAAGUGCCAAGUUUUGUGGGAUGAGAUGAAUCACUUUGUUUCUAAUUUGCAGUACUACAUAAUGUUCGAAGUUCUGGAGGUAUCUUGGUCUAACUUACUCAGAGAAAUGGAGCUAGCCAAAGACCUUGAUGAUCUACUUGCUGCACAUGAAAAAUAUCUAUUUUCUAUAGUUGAGAAGUCUAUGCUUGGAGAACGGUCCCAAGCUCUUAACAAGACACUUUUUGUGUUACUUGACCUCAUACUACGAUCCCGGAGUCACGUUGAUAGAUUAUAUGAAGGCAUUAAUGAAUUGCAAUCUAGAUCUGCAGAAUCAUCUCUGACGUCUCAGGACCGAGUCAAAUCACGAGGAAAGUCAAGUACUAAAUCUUCGGAACCAGGUUCAUGGCUUGGUGAGGGUAGGAAGGCUCUUACUAACCGUGUUGGUGAGUUUCUUCAAAACAUAGGACAAGAUAUUGAUGCAAUUACGAAGGAAUAUUCAUCCCUCUUUGAGGGGUUCAUUUCACAAUUGCCUGUGCAACAGCACAUCGAUUUGAAGUUCCUUAUGUUCCGACUUGACUUCACUGAAUUUUAUAGUCAUCUGCGUGGUAAUAUAGGAGAGAAGCUUCCAUAGUUUCUCAUUAAGUACAGAACAUGCACUGACAUUUAACCACUUCAACAUCUUCCAUUCAUCAAUUGCUAAGUGACACACGAUCCAUCUCUUUCUCUAUGCUACCUUCCUGCUCUACCCCUUUGCCUUUGGGUACUGGGUGCAAUGGCUUAUCUUCAUCUGCUGCCUAACAAUUGCCGAGUUAUCCUUAGCCUUUAGGUACUGUAUGCAAUGGCUUCAUGUCAUUACUCUUGAGGUUUUCAAAUUUCUUUUUACUGUUUUACGAGUUCCUAGAUAGGCUGGCAGGUUUAUGUAUGGCUUUUGUUCAAUUGGUUUGUUGGAUAUUUUUGGCUCUACCAAGAUUUAGUAUGAGCUUGUUUAUCUGUAAUAUAUUUUUGUUUAGCCAGGUGAGUUAAUUGUGUUUGGCUGCCAAAUUGGCUUUUGUGGUUUCAUGUAUUGGCCUGAAGAUGAGAAAUAAAUGGUGUUUUGUUUUCA